CUUUGUUUCACUUUUGCAGACAGCCGACCAUAAUGGCAAAAAUCGACACUGGUUCAGGGAAAUUUCUAAAAGAAUGCCAAAGAGUCGUCCCUGCAGCUGACAAUUUCAAAGAUCGGAUAGUCAAGCAGAAUAGACUUUUUCCGAAGAAAUAUUUCUUAGCUUUAUAGAUAAGUAUGAUAAACCUAAAAAUAAUUUGUGUGUAAUACUGAAAUCAAUGACUGAACAUAAUUGAUUACGUUACUUAAUCAGUUGUGUAACUACAACUAUGGCUACUCCAUUGUAUAGUUCAAAACUAUCGGGAUCAAAAUUCAAGAAUUGGAUUAAGGCUGGAUUAGGUGUUUUGUAUACUAAACAAGGUAUAGAACCUUUUGUUUAUGAUGAAAUAGAACAGUUCCAGCAGAAAUGUUUGAGUGACAUUUGCAACAACAAUGGACUUGUUGCUGGUACCACAUGUUCUAGUUGUUGUACAGAAAAUGUCAUUGUUUGUCCUACGAAUAGAAUUUGCAAUGUUGGACGUGGGAAAUGCAAAUUCCAUAGAAAUUCUGCAACGCAAUAUCUCCUAGCUGGCUGCCCUAACAAGAUCUGUCAUAAUUUCAAAAAAGAAAUCCAGAAUGCUCACCGUUUCUGCGGUCCGUCAUAUAAAAACACUGAUGCCAGUCAGUGGUGUAGCAACGCAUGGGAAGUUGCUAAAUGUUUCAUGCCGCCAGACGGAUACAAGGAUGUGACGGAUGCAGCAGAAACUGAUUUCAAUGGAAUCAAUAGUGUAAUUAUCAACUAUAAAGCAUUUCAGGCAAAAGUUCAAGACGACCUUUCCAAGAAAUCCAACAUCUUUGAACAGGGUAGAGAGGUAGGCAAAGCAGUUCGACAUUCCCCACAAUUGGAGGUGGAGGAUACUGAUUUACAACAGUAUUUUACCGACUUACAGAAUCUGCUAUCAGAUCCUGCAUAUUUAUCUGCUAAUAAAGCUGCACAGAAUGCUAAAACGAAAUUACAACAGCUUCAAAACGAUACUUUGAUCAUUGGUAAAGACGAUAUCCGGGACGUGCUGGAUGAUGUUGCCAAGGCAGUUCAAGAUAAAAUCCGGACUGAAAUAGAUGUACACAGAAUAGAAGCUGAAAAGAAAGUGUAG